CAAAUUAUUAAUUUACAUUUAAUAUUUAUAUAGUGACUGCUUUUCUUCUUUUCUCCAACAUCUCUCUCUUCACUUUCUCUCCUCUCUUCUGCACUGAUACCGGUUGAGUGUGAUGGCGCAAAUUCUCCUGCACGGGACUCUCCAUGUCACCAUCUAUGAGGUCGAUAAGCUCAAGACAAGUGGUGGCAAUGUUUUCACCAAGCUGGUGCAAAACAUCGAGGAGACAGUUGGUUUUGGAAAAGGAGUUACCAAACUGUAUGCAACCAUUGAUCUGGAAAAAGCACGAGUUGGAAGGACCAGGAUUAUAGAAAAAGACCAUAGUAAUCCCAGAUGGUACGAAUCUUUUCACAUUUACUGUGCCCACAUGGCAUCAAACAUCAUAUUCACUGUGAAAGAUGACAAUCCCAUUGGAGCAACUUAUGUCACAAAAGACAAGAACUGGGCACGUGGUGUUAGGAGUGCUAAAUUCCCUGGUGUUCCUUACACUUUCUUCUCGCAAAGAAGAGGCUGCAAGGUUUCUCUUUACCAGGAUGCUCAUGUCCCUGAUAAUUUUGUCCCCAAAAUACCCCUUGCUGGAGGCCAGACUUACCAGCCUCAUAGGUGCUGGGAGGAUGUGUUUGAUGCAAUCGACAAAGCGAGGCACUUGAUAUACAUAACCGGUUGGUCUGUUUACACUGAGAUAACAUUGGUGAGGGAUUCAAGGAGGCCAAAGCCUGGUGGAGACUUAACGAUUGGUGAGCUUCUCAAGAAGAAGGCGAAUGAGGGUGUCAGAGUCUUGAUGCUUGUUUGGGAUGACAGAACAUCUGUUCCCUUGUUGAAAAAAGAUGGGUUGAUGGCUACUCAUGAUGAAGAAACUGAGAAGUAUUUCCAAGGAACUGAAGUGCAUUGUAUUUUGUGCCCACGGAAUCCUGAUGAUGGUGGAAGCAUUAUUCAGGAUUUGCAAAUCUCUACAAUGUUUACUCAUCACCAGAAGAUUGUGGUGGUGGAUAGUGACAUGCCUAGCGGAGAUUCGGGUAAGAGAAGGAUAGUGAGCUUUGUUGGGGGUAUUGAUCUCUGUGAUGGAAGAUAUGACACUCAAUUCCACUCACUUUUCAGAACCUUGGACACCGCACACCAUGAUGAUUUUCAUCAGCCAAACUUUGCCGGUGCUUCCAUCAUGAAAGGUGGUCCUAGAGAGCCUUGGCAUGACAUCCACUCUCGCCUUGAAGGGCCUAUUGCAUGGGAUGUUCUGUUCAACUUCGAGCAGAGAUGGAGGAAGCAAGGUGGAAAGGACUUGCUCAUUCCGCUGAGAGAGCUUGAAGAUGUCAUCAUCCCGCCAUCUCCAGUAACAUUUGCGGAAGAUCACGAGACAUGGAAUGUUCAAUUAUUCAGAUCAAUUGAUGGUGGAGCUGCUUUUGGCUUCCCAGAGACUCCUGAAGAUGCUGCCAGAGCUGGCCUUGUUAGUGGAAAGGAUAACAUCAUAGACCGUAGCAUCCAAGAUGCUUAUAUCCAUGCAAUUAGGCGCGCAAAGAAUUUCAUCUAUAUCGAGAAUCAGUAUUUCCUCGGAAGCUGUUUUGGAUGGAGCCCUGAUGACAUUAAGCCUGAGGACAUUGGUGCUUUGCAUCUAAUUCCAAAGGAGCUUUCACUUAAGAUUGUAAGCAAAAUCGAAGCCGGGGAGAGGUUCACUGUGUACAUUGUGGUUCCAAUGUGGCCAGAAGGGUUCCCAGAGAGUGGUUCAGUUCAAGCCAUAUUGGAUUGGCAGAGGAGGACAAUGGAGAUGAUGUACAAGGAUAUAGUUGAGGCACUCAAUGCCAAGGGAAUUGUGGAAGAUCCCAGAAACUAUUUGACAUUCUUCUGCCUCGGCAACCGGGAGGUCAAGAAGCCAGGAGAAUAUGAGCCUUCAGAGAGACCAGACCCUGAUUCUGAUUACAUAAAAGCCCAGGAGAACCGUCGAUUCAUGAUUUAUGUCCAUGCCAAGAUGAUGAUAGUUGAUGAUGAAUACAUAAUCAUUGGAUCUGCAAACAUCAACCAGAGAUCGAUGGAUGGUGCAAGAGACUCGGAAAUAGCCAUGGGAGCUUAUCAGCCAUACUAUUUGAGUGCAAGGGAGCUAGCAAGGGGACAGAUCCAUGGUUUCCGCCUUGCGCUGUGGUAUGAGCACCUUGGCAUGAUCAGAGAAUCCUUCCUCCAGCCUGAGAGUGAAGAAUGUAUCAAGAUGGUGAACCAGGUUGCUGACAAGUAUUGGGAUCUGUAUUCCAGUGAGUCCCUUGACCAUGACCUCCCCGGCCACCUUCUGCGCUACCCCGUUGGCAUUUCCGGUGAUGGAACUGUCACCGAGCUUCCAGGAUUCGAGUUCUUCCCUGACACAAAGGGUCGUGUUCUUGGAACCAAAACUGACUACUUGCCCCCUAUCCUUACUACUUAACUCAUUUCAUUUUGUACUUUGAUUUGUUCAUAUACUAUGUUACAUUAUAUUAUAUUAUGUAGUACUUUUUUAGUACUUGUGGUUUUUUAAUUAAAGUGAGGAAUAAUUUUAAUGUCUUUUAGAGAUGGAUUGCUAGAUGUUAACCAUCUGAUGUUAUGGUUGUUGUCGGCUUGUAUGACUUCAGUUAUAUAAUGUGAGAUGUAAUGUUUCUGGUUUUCUUAAA